UGGCGCGCGGAGGCCCGGCGAGCGCCGCGGCGCAGAUAUGCCACACUGCUGCCUGCCUUUGGCAACCCUCCUGGACUAGGCUGCUUUUGUUAAUCACAUGGAUGUUGUGUCCUUGGGUGAGAGUAGGAGGAAGUGAAAAAGGAAGAGAAGAGAAAAUUAAGAAGGGUAUGUGAGUGCUGGACUUCCCCGCACCUGGGGUCAGAAUGCUGCUCUUCUGUCACGCCCUCACUGUAGCUGUGGUCCAGACCUUUAUCUUCUCCGAAAACCGGGUGUUUGCCAAGAACAUCAACUUCUAUAACGUGCGGCCUCCUCUUGAUCCUACACCAUUUCCAAACAGCUUCAAGUGUUUUACCUGUGAAAAUGCAGGGGAUAAUUAUAACUGCAAUAGAUGGGCAGAAGAUAAAUGGUGCCCACAAAAUACACAGUACUGUUUAACAGUACAUCACUUUACCAGUCAUGGAAGAAGUACAUCCAUCACCAAAAAGUGUGCCUCCAGAAGUGAAUGUCAUUUUGUUGGCUGCCACCACAGCCGAGAUUCUGAACACACGGAGUGCAGGUCUUGCUGUGAGGGGAUGAUCUGCAAUGUUGAGUUACCCACCAACCACACGAAUGCGGUCUUCGCUGUGAUGCACGCUCAGAGGAUGUCUGGCAGCGGUGCCCCUGCGCUCUACCUACCGGUGCUGGCCUGGGCCUUCGUGCUGCCGUUGAUAUAAGGCCACCUUCCCGGGAGAGGCAGAGACCAGUCCUCUGAACACAAGCCAACCACUGUAAAAUGGCGAACUUGGAAGACCAAUCUCUUCAAGAUUGAAGGAUGCGCUUUGGACCUCACAGCAGAAGCCAGCUGUUUGCUUAGCUCAGAUGCUCCUGCAGGAGGCCGUAAGGAAGGGGACUUGGCAGGGACUGAGUGGUCAUGUAGUUGUUAGGUUUCUUGAUCAAAAGGGCUGCAUUGUGUCUCUUCUGCAAGGAGGGUCCUGCCAGCAUCUACCACGGGCGGGCUCAGUAGCCUGUGUUGUCCCCACCAGACCAGACCUUUAGCGGAAAGGACUCCUUGACCUGACUGACUUCUUCAGGGGCUGCUGGAACAGACCCUCUCGAUUCUGUGAUUGGCUCAGAGUAUUGCUGUGAAAUCUAAUCCUUCCCCGAAGAGAUAGCAGUUUCCCCACUGACGGUGUAGUAACGAGAAAGCCCACUAUGGGAAGAAAACUUCCAGUUGAACUAAUAUGAAACCUAUUUGCUAAUUGUGGGGGGAAAUAAAGCUUUUAAAUUAUAAGUGUAGAA